CACAUUCGGCCAAACUUGUCCCUUUAUCGGGUCAUCAUCUGUUGAUGAGUCUAAAUGUUGGGGGUAAUACUUCUGCUUCGAUGUUUACGUUGGAGAAGUAAGUGCUAUGUCUAUUUAUUGUCGAGAUUCAGACAAUAUUUGACCUUAUCUUGCGUUUUUUGUUUAGUGUAUUUUGGAAAAGUGAAAUGAAUCAGUCUCUAUGACAAACUCUAAUACAAAAUAAGAGUUGAAAGGAUUGUGCCUGCAUGUACUGUUAGUAGUUUGUGUUUCUCAAAGGGAAUAUUUACAUGUUCAAUAAAUGUAUAUUUUUAAGGACUUUUUUUUUCCAUGGGAUAGGGACUACCAGGACAAAUUUGAAGAUUGAUCUGGUAAAGAUGGGUCCAUUUUGUAUUAAAGAGAACUAUUACAUUAUACAUAAAAUAACUUUAUUGUUUUGUCGAAUCAUGGCCUAUGAUUGAAUGGAGCCUCAACGUCAUGAUUUGGCUCUGAAUAUGAAUACACUUUUGGGUCUUGUGUUGGCAAUUUAGUGAAUUUUGUCCAUCAUAAUGUCGUGGUCAGCGUAUUCAGGACAUUCAGGGAAUAGCAGCCGCAGUGCUGGAAGUGGCACAUCCAUGUCUCAGCCGGAUCUCAGACCAGCCAUCAGAGGGGGACCUGGGAAGAAACGUUUCACUACUCAUCAAUGGAACGGAGGCUUUACGAGCGAUGAGGAGCGGCUUCAGCAACUAGACCUUGAGUCCAACUACAGAAGGCUGGAUCCCAUCUACGAGGAGAUGGCUUCGCCGUCGAGGCCGUAUCUCAACGGACCUGCAUCAGGAUUCAUUAACAACGGCUUCGGAAAUAGUUUAUCGCCGCAAGGUCCGAUGGGAAACAGAAGACAUUCAGAAGGGGAUCUCCUGGAGAUGUCUUCCAACGGUCCCCGUUUCAACAAAAAGCCGCCUCCCAGUACGAGCAGGCAGGUAAUGCGGCAAGGCAGCAACGAUGGGCGCUCCCCGAGGAGAAAAAGCUACGCGGGGAUGGAAGGGGACAUUGACGCUGCGAGCGUGGUCAGCGCCAAAAGCAGGAACAGUGUAGGCAGCGAAGACUCACUGACCAGCGCUUCGCAACUGGCCAACAGGCGUAAAAGUGAGUCGAGCGUCAUGCCCAUCUCCAAAACCUCAUCGACGGCCUCCUUAGUCCACGGAGACCAGCGGAGGAAAAGUAGCGCCCCCAGUGUCGCCAAUUCAGACAGGCGCUCCAGCGUGGCGAAUGGUGUGGAUUCACCAAAGCCGGCUCAAGAAAGACGUCUGUCAACGCUCUCUUUGACUGGGAUAAAUACAGGGGCGUCGCCUUUUACGAACAUAGAAAUUCCAAUAGAUCUAUUAGACUCUACCCAGUCCAAACUGAGGAAACUAAUGACCCCUAUAAUCUUGUUAUUUAUUGUGAUAGUGAUUGUGGUCAGUCUUAGCGUGGCCAUAUAUUUCGCUGUUGUUUUAAAAGAGACACAGGAUAAACAAAUUGAAUUUCUACGCGCCUCUCUUCAAUUGCAGAUAGCACGAGACAAGUUUAACAGAGACGCUGAGAAGUUAUCGAUGGAGAGUAUAAAAACAGAUUGUUGUAAACAGGUGGACGGCUUUUACGUCACUAGUGAUUUAGUGAAUGAGUUCCGAGGGUGUGAAGUCAGUGAACUACAGAGAACUCGAAUGGGUCUCAGUUUGUAUUUCCUGAACACAACGUCCAUCAAUGAAGAUAGAAUCAUGAAUGUGUUAGCUCAGAGGUCCACACCUGAGAAUCAAAGUAUCGAGAUCAAUGGGUUUGACGUAAGUCUCAGUAAAGAGUCACGUGACGUGAGUCUCAACUUUGUGAAGAAGCCAGAAAGUUUCUACGGGAUUCACAGUCCUGAACUAAAGCCCCUGGAUACAGCUAGGUCCAACGGUCCAGUUACGUUAGCCUCUGUCCUUGAUGUCCCACAGACGAUAGUGACCACAACAACAUGGGCAUCAACACCAACAACAACAGCAAAGGUAACGCCAUCGUCAACACCCUUGACACUACCAGUCCUUUCCAUGGUUUUGUUAUCUCAAAGCCCAGCAGCCACUGAAAUGUCUUCUGCUCUAGAACCAACAACAACUUACAGCGUUUCCACAGAUGCUGUAUCGACCAGCCCAGCCCAGACGACCCCACUGACGAGCACAAGCAACAUCGCUACCACUCAGCUUUCUGUGGAAGCAACUACUUCAACUAUGACUGUGACUACCAAGACUAUCGCGGUAACCACAAAAAGCAGCCCCAUGACAACCACGACAACAAGUGCAGCCACUCCUGCAGCCAUUGCAUCAACUACAACAGCAACUGCUGAAGCUGGCUCAGCUAUGACGACGGUGUCGUCGUUCUCGACUACCACGGCUGAAAAAGCAACCGCAAUAUCCACAACCACACUUUCCGCACAAGAACUAAAUAAACUUUGUCAAGACAAUUCUGACCUGUCUAUUCUUACUCACCCGUCAAGCUGCACCGACUUCAUUCAGUGUGAAUUCAACCAGGCCAAGACACAGCCCUGUCCGCCCGGUCUGGUCUUCAACAACACCUUCAACCAGUGCGUCCUUCCCGACGCCAACAGCUCUUGUCUUCCAAAGCCCUGCGCCAACCUAAACGGAGGUUACCACGCCAACCCGCUGAACUGCUCCCAGUACAUAGUCUGCGAGUUCGGCAAGCCGGUGGUUGCCUCUUGCCAGGAGGCCUUGGUUUGGAACCAGGAAGUGAAGAACUGUGUGACACGUAAUGACACCUUCCAGUGCAACAGUCAUGGCAUAGGUUGAACUGAAGUCACACUAUUGAUUGCUUCCUCCAGGGAUUUCCUUUGGCGCAGGACUAAGACGUUAUGAACUAUUAGGCCAGGAAGGACACGAUACGGUGUAGGCCCUAUAUACUACGACACAGUGUCUCAUAAAUCUAAUACUUGACUAUAAACAAAUAAAUAGCGUGUUGAUAUAUAUGUGUAAAUCUAAUACUUGACUAUAUACAAAUAAAUAGUGUGUUGAUCUAUAUGUGUAAAUCUAA